AUGCGCGGGAGAGGGCGCGGUAGCACACCACAACCAUCCAGCAGAGGAAGAGGUCGAGGCGCAUCAACGACACGCGGCCGGGUCUACAGCAAUACUUCGCAGCGAGGUGGCUCAUCGACGACACGAGGAGGGUUUGGACAAGCUUCGCGACCCAGCGCGUUCGGUAGCACCGCAAACAAUGGCUUCCAACAGCAGAGGGCUCCGCAGCAGCCGAGCGCAUUCGGCGGCGCGCAAUCGAAAGGCAGCUGGCAGGAGCGGUUUCAAACGCUUACCGCCGCGCGCGAACGAGAACGCACCGAUGCCAUACGACGAGGCCUCAUAGCCGACCCGGACAAACCGCGAACACUCGCCGACGCCAUCACGCUGGUGGGAACAUGUCAAGAUAUGUGCGCCGAGUACGAGCGGGUGCGGAGGGUGGUGCAGAAAGAUGUGUGGGAUGAAGAGACGGAUCCGGACCAUUCCGCCUACGCGUUGACAGACGAUGAACCGGACGAGGCGCGCAUGGUGAAGAAGUUCCGGAGAGCGGCUGCUGGGCUGGAGGAGCAACUACCGUCGGAUCUACGGCCGCCAGCGGUGUUGAAGAAGACAUGCGACUACCUUUUCGACGAGGUGAUUCCAAAUGCUUCAUCGUUGGCAAAAGUGCACCACUUUGUCUGGGAUCGGACCCGCGCUGUGCGCAAUGACUUCUCGAUCCAGCAGUUGAGGAAGACCGAAGAGCUCCAGAUCGCGGUGGAAUGCUACGAGCGGAUCGCGCGCUUCCACAUCAUGUCGCUGCAUCAGUUAGCACUCCCACAAAAGCCGUACCCGGAGUACGACUGGCAACAGGAGAUGGAGCAGCUCGAUCGAACGUUACUUUCGCUGAUGCAGUUCUACGACGACUGUCGAAGCCGCUUUGCACUUCCAAACGAGCCCGAGUUCCGCGCAUAUUGCGUCAUCUUCCAGAUAAAGGACCCGAUCCCUGAUCUCGAAGACCGCAUGCAGACCUGGCCACGGCAGGUGCUUCGGGAUACUAGGGUGCAGAAGGCGCUCAACGUCUACAUGGCAGCCUGCAACGUGCUGGACACAGAAGGACCUUUCAAACAACAUAAAGCCAGUCACUUGGUGGCGCGACAAGAUUGGCAACGCUUUUGGAGCUUGGUGGCAUCGAAGGAAGUAUCGUACCUCAUGGGCUGCGUCGCGGAAAUCUGGUUCAAUUUGAUCCGUCGGACUGUGCUUGCCGCACUCUUUCGCACAUCAAGGCCAAAUACGAGUCUCGCUACACCGGACUGGACAAUCGAGGUGCUUGGCAAUAUCCUUGCUUUCGACGAAGCAGAUCAAGUGUAUGACUACUGUGAGAAGUUUGGGUUCGCAUUCAAGGAACGAGACGAUGGGCAGCAGUACCUGGAUCUCAGCACGGUACGAGGGAGGGCGCUUCCGGCGCCGCCUAAAGACAUGGCAAACCAAUUGAAGACAAACCUGGUGGAGGACAAGCGAUUUGGUAGAACACUUCCGGCUGUUAUCAAUGGGUUGUCUGUGCGUCAAGCACAGGAGAGAGGAUUGGUAUCUGAAGAGGUAGAAGAGGACCAAGGCAUGGACGACAUAACGAAUGAAGAAGGUGGUCAGACCGAGGAAACAGGGGUUGGAAAUCAGAAUGGAGGCACUGUUGAGGAGGAGGAGUCGUUGUUCAUACCUGAAGCGAAGGACGACAAAGCUACAGACUCUCUGCCCUUGAGUAACGGCUUCUUAGGCAACGGCUCCUCGUCCACGACUACUAAAACACCCUCACCUUUCGGCGGCGGUGGAGGAGGCUUCACUUUCGGCAAACCAUCAGGAACCCAGGAGACAUCAAGCAUAUUCGCCAAACCAAGCUCUACGACGGAGAGUGCGCCAGCUACACAACCCAGUGGUUCAGGGGGCCUGUUCGACUUUCUCAAGCCUUCGGCACCCGCGACACUAGCUGCGCUUCCCGCAAAGCCUCUCUUUAGCUUUACCAGCAACACUGGCGGCGUGUCCGAGACCGAGAAGAAGGACGAUGAAGCGAAGCCUGCCUUCUCUUGGGGUCUACCUCCCAAGGAACAAGAACCUCCCAAGGACACCAGCAGCGUUUUCUCUGGCUUCAAUACACCCGCGACUCAGCCGAAACCGUCGCUUUUUCAGCCGAUCGGCACUCCAGCAGCAAGCACUCAAGCUGAAGAACCGGAGACGGAGUCCGCACCAUCUGCAUCUCCAUCGCUCUUUCCUCAGCAAUCGCAGCUGCCGGCGACUUUUCAAUUUCCGUCGGCUACUCCCGCCGCUACGCCGCCAGCAGCAAGUUUGCCGGAGGUCAAAGCACCGCAACCUCAGUUCACUCCGGCACCACCUUCGCCCUCAUUGUCGGCGGCGAACACGAACCAUCACGCGCCAUUGUUCCCGUCAACGCAGAAUACCAGGAGGCCGUCAAGCUCACACGACAAUAGACCGAAGAAGCCAAGUCCACUUUCAAAUUCCUUCACGGCGACCGAAGAGCCUGGCGCCACUCGUCCACAGGCGCAGACCGAACACCAACACAUCUCACAAUUCUCACAACCGACAGCACCACCUGUUGAUGACCUGGAAUCCAAUACUGCGCGCGUCGCAUCGGAGUUCUUCCAUGCACCUGUCGCAGGAGCUCUCGAUCAGUACAUCAGAUAUCACGUGUCGCAAACGAUCAUCGAAGUGAAGGCGCAGCUCGAAGCAGAGCACAAUAACGCUAUAGCCGACGACUUCCGUCACAAGACCUUGGCUUUCAGGUACGGGAGGAAGUGGAGGAAUCUGUUCUGGCAGCACAAGCUCGCCAAGUCCGGUCGAGCCAGGAGAGAGAGGCGACAGAGAAGAUUGCAUCAGAGGGGAAGUGUUGAGACCGAGAGCUUCCUUGGCAACGAUUCGACCAGCAGCAGAGGAGCGUCUGUGACAAGAGGAGGGAUUGAACCUUAUCAGGAAGAGUCAAACAUGGGAUCCAUGUUCUCCAAGAGUGCCACCUCCGUGCGAACGGCACGCCACGAGCAACCAACACGCCAACAUUCAACACACCACGAGCAAGCGGCCCGCUCUGAGCAACAAGCGCGUCCCGGCAGCAAGCGGCCAGUAUCAUCUCAUGGUCCAGAUGCGAGCAAUGGGAUAUUUUCGAGGGGCCACAAGCGCAUCAAGACAGCAAGCCAUGUGGACGACCGUGGUCGCGUUGCAAAGCCAUCGACAGCGGUCAACAGUUCACAUGCCGACCUCCUCAAGCGCUCAGCCUUCCUGGCCUUCGCCCGCGACAACACGUCACCACCGACCAAGAACACCACAACCUCAUCGUACUUCCGUCUCAAAGCAAUGGGUCUGAACCGAGUGGAAGAGAGCAUCAAUGCUGGCUCCAGAAAGCGGCGCAUGUCGGCCUCCACACAUACAUCAGCGCAAACAUCGCCACCAGCGCUUCGUCCGCAGUCACUCAUCAGUUCCACCAACGACAAUUUGGCAAGCAGAACUUCAAUGCCACCCCCAGCGUCGACAAUGCGCCAAACGUCUCUGCAGCCCAAGGAGAACAGCUCAAAGGAUGAUGACGAAGAGCUUUUCGCUCGUCUACGUGCAGCUCGUGAGAAUCUCUCGCAAAGCACAGCCUACUACAAGGAUGAGGUAACUCGAGACAAUGAGAACCAACGCAGUUUAAAUGAGUCGCAGUCAUCUCAUGAGUUCGAGUCACCAUCGAUGGCAAAGGCUCGCUCCGGCGCGCAAUUGCGUGCAUCACAGCUCGCCAACGGCGAUGCUUCCCGACCUGACGUCCCUGCCUAUCGGCUCAGGGAGAGCAAAUUCGUAUCUCGAGAGCACUACGGUCGUGCAAUUGAGCGUGCUCGGGAGAUUCGGGCUUCAAGAUCGAGAGAAACGAGCAGGCCAGAGUCGCGUGUCAGCGAUCGCGCUGCCGACCCUGUCACAAUGCCAGACGAUACUUCUUUUGGAGCUGGCAUCAAGGCUGGGAGUUCCCUACCCAACCCACCUGCUAAAACGAAUGACCCACCUGCCAGGACGAAUGGCUUCUCGGCCUUCUCAGGCGCGACUUUCGCCCAGCCUCGACCGCCACCAAGCCCGCCAAAGUCGUAUCCGUCCUUCACCUCGCAGGAGCCCAUCACCUUCUCUCACCACACAACCGACAUGUCCAAUGAGAAUCCUUUCCUUCAGACACCGGCAACGAACCAUCUGUCAAAGGUCUCGAAGUUGCAAGAUGCAUCCGCACCUAAAGAUCAUGGCUUGCAGUUCCCAACGCCGCAAGCACACGCCAUUGAGCCGCCCAAGGAGCAAAUAACAGAACCACCGCAAACCACAGCUUCGUCGAAAUCCCAAGGCUCACACCCCUCGCCGCCGCAAGAGCAGACUAUUCAGCCAUCUCAGAUCAACCAAGCUCUUUCGAAUUCCUUCGGCGAGUCUCACGGUCAUGGACAGAACCACGUCUUUUCAUUCCCAAACGGCCAACCACCAGCUACGCAGCAUGACUCCCAGCCGGCCACGCAGACUGUGUCGUUGCUGUCGGAUGAUGAAGAGGAGGGUGACGAUAACGCACCCGUUCUCACCAAUGGCACUGGCGAUCGUGGCGAAGCCUCUGAGGAGCUCCUUGAUGAGUCUGAAGAGGAAGAAGACGAGGAAGACCUCGGUCAGUCGUAUGGUCAUGCGAAUCCGUACGCCGCAUUAGCCCAAAAUGAUGACGAGCGUGACGAUGACGAAGCGAGCUGGGACAGCCAAGUGGAAGAAGAACAAGAUUAUGUGGACGAAGAGGGCUAUCAGGACGGUCGCGCUCACUACGGUGGUGAGGAUGAGGAAGCGAUGGACGGAGACAUCGACGAGGACGAAAUGCAAGAGUAUGAGAGCGAAGACGAAGAGGGUGGUUACGAGGAGGAUGACUACGGCUAUGACGAUAAGCAGCCAGGCGACUAUGGGCAAGGUCAGAUGCAGUGGGCUCAGCAAGAGGGCAGUCCACCAGCCAACAGCCCGAGCAACACCUCGCUGCAGGCUGUCGGCAACACGGCUGAGGAAGCAAUAGAAUUGAGCGACUGA